AUGUACAACAUUGUUGCACCAUAUGCAGAAAUUUCAGGAUCAAUGAAAUCCCUAUGGCCUUCCAAAUUUGAGCUUUAUUUUGAAUGUGAUAAGUGUGUUCAUGGCAUGGAACUCCCAAUUAAAUGGGAUGAUAAGGAGUAUAAACUUCGGACUGAAAAGGAGUCUAAGUUAGCGACUGACGUCUGUGCAACCAUCCAAGUUGUUGGGAGGUUUGAGCUCAAAGUUGACUUAUCUGUGGGUGUUGGCCAAGGAAUUGUGUGGAAGACGCAUUUGAAUGAUAAAACAGAGCCCGAAGAGUUCAGGACCAACGUUAACAGUGAUUGGGUGAAGAUGAAACAAAAUGAAGAAUCCGAAGCUUAUGCGUUCGAUUUGAAGCUUCACGUCAUUAAGCUGCUUGUGUAA